ACACUGCGCCUGCGUUCUCAGCAUUUUGGAACAGUGUCGCUAUUGUUUGCGAAUCAACAGCUUGCGAACAUAGUUUAUGGUAGAUAGGAACCGAAGAAGCGCUGACGUUGCUGUUUCAAAUUAGUUUGUUUCUCAUUCAAACUUCAUACCAUCGCUAACGAAGAAACACCAACGUGGAAUUUCACGCAAAAGAAAGGAAGAUUCGCUACAGGUUGUUUUCAAAUGUUUAGUUGAUCGGUCCGUGUACCUUCGUGCCCCCCUGUGGAUUUACUUGAGCAGCUAGCAUGCCUUUGGGACUAAGGAAAAAGAAAAACAAAUCAAGAGAAAGUUCUAAUUUGGUUGAGAAUGAAGAGGUUGACGGAGUUGCUGGAGGAAGCGCCAGCAAGUCCACCGUGAAUGGUGGCGGACUGCCACCUCCACCUGCCAACCUGCGACCGAAACUGGUGUUUCACACACAGCUCGCCCACGGGAGUCCUACGGGCAGGAUUGAGGGAUUCUCAAACGUGAAAGAGCUGUACAGCAAAAUAGCUGAGGCGUUUAAUUUAAAUCCACCCGAGAUUCUAUUUUGCACCCUAAACACCCACAAGAUUGACAUGGAGAAGCUACUAGGUGGACAGAUCGGCCUGGAGGAUUUCAUCUUCGCUCACAUUAAAGGGCAAAAGAAGGAGGUGGAGAUUCACAAGGCUGAGGAUGCCUUGGGGCUCACCAUCACAGACAAUGGAGCUGGUUAUGCCUUCAUCAAGCGAAUUAAAGAGGGCAGUGUGGUGGACAGCGUGAAGGUGAUUUGCGUGGGGGAUCACAUUGAGUGCAUCAAUGGGAAGAACAUUGUGGGCACACGGCAUUACGAGGUGGCACGGAUGCUCAAGGAGCUGCCCAAAGGCCAUACCUUCACCCUGAAGCUGGUGGAGUCUAUGAAAGCCUUUGACAUGUUGGAGCCCAGGUCAACGGGAGCCAAACAUGCUGGGGAGAACAAAAUUGCUUCUGGCAGAGGAACCCUGAGACUGCGCUCUAAAGGACCCGCUACGGUUGAGGAAGUGCCAACAGAGUUUGAGGAGAAAGCGGUGAAGAAAGUGGACGAUCUUCUGGAGAGUUACAUGGGAAUCCGUGACACUGAGUUAGCCGCCACCAUGGUGGAAGUGGGUCGAGACAAGAACAACCCAGACGAGUUUGCCAUGGCCCUGGAUGAAACCCUGGGGGACUUUGCCUUCCCAGACGAGUUUGUGUUUGAUGUGUGGGGAGCCAUCGGUGAUGCCAAGCAGGGACGCUUCUAAGGCCCCUUGGCCCCUUCUGCAGCAGCCUGGAAGGCCGGACAGAAGCGAUCUGUGGGAUUCUGUUUUGUGCGCAUACGUAGAAGGUAGAGGGUAAUUAUGUAAUAGGUUCACUGUGAUUCUCAGACACUAUAUAUAUAUACACUAUAUUCCAAGUGUACUUAAUUAUCUGAGCUCUGAUUAGCACACACUGAACAUUCAUGUUGCCUCCCAUGACAUACACUGUCAUUUCUUUGAUUAAACUGAGUUGGAGGGAUUUUAUAGCGUGGGAGUAGAUUGCUUUUAUAACUCAUAAUGUGGAGGUUCAGCAGCACUUCCGUCCAAGGUAUCACACUGAAAUUGUAGUGUGCUUUUUUGUAAAGGUUUUACAUUUUCACUUUGUAUCUGAUUAUCUUGCCCAUUUCUAUAUAACCACAAGUCUUAUUUGUACCUACACAUUCCUAGUAAAUACCAGCAUUUGGGAGGUGUAUGUUUGUAUUGAUAUGAUGACAACUGUCAGUGAGUAAGAGAAUACUAAACUAGCACUGGAUUUGUGGAAAUACUACUAUAGUGGUGUUUCGGUUAAAAUUGUAUAAUGUGAACCUUUGUUUAGUGUUCCUGAAAAUAUGUGAUUCUGUAGUAGUUUAGCCAAGGAUUUGACUGUUUAAGACUAACAUUCCUUUACUUUUAGAUUUUUUUGUACAGUGUUGACAUAUAAUUGUGAUUUGAUAGAUAAACAAUUAUAUUUUUGAUCCUUUAAUUUAUUUGUUGGUUUAAAUUGUCAUAUGAUGUAUGGAAAAGGAAGACAGUUUUUUAUGGUCUCAACAAUUAAAUAAACCUGGGCACUUGAAA